UAUAUAUAUAUCACUUAAAAUAGAUUAAACGCUGAAAUUAUCUUCCCAAAAUAAUCCAUGGUAGAAUAGUGAGAGAGAGAGAGAGAGAGAGAGAGAGGACUUUUGCAAGGCUAUCGGCAGAUGGGUUUCAGGCGCCUUUUGACGCAGGGAAUAGACUUUCAGGUGCUCAAGAAAGAUUUCAGUCGAGUUAUGUUGGCAGUUUAUCUCGCAAAGUAUGUGAUACAGAUGGAUCAAGUGAUGUCGCUUAUCUAAAAGAACUUUAUCAUCGAAAUGAUCCUGAAGCUGUGGUAAGGCUAUUUGAGAGUCAACCUUCAUUUCACUCUAACCCAUCAGCAAUUGCUGAAUACGUGAAAGCCUUGGUCAAAGUUGAUAGGUUGGAUGAAAGUGAGUUGCUCAAGACAUUGCAAGAGGAAGACUUGUUUCUUUGCUCCAAUUUACUUCAAGACCUUGGGAAUUUUGUUUCAUGGGGGAGCUUGGAGUCUUAGCUCCACGGGCAUUGCAGGGAUUGUAGGUGCUGCUAACUCACAAGCAGAGGAAGAAAAUGUAGGCGGCCUUUCAGCUUUUAGGGAUGUGGGAAAAGCUACAAAAGAUGGUGUUCUUGGAACUCCUAGUGCACCUAUACAUAUGGUGGCUUCAGAAGGAGGAUAUUUCAAGGAACAGUUGUGGCGUACAGUUCGUGUUCUGGGCAUGGCCUUUCUCUUGAUUUCUGGUGUUGGAGCACUCAUUGAAGAUAGAGGAAUUAGUAAAGGACUUAGUCUACAUGAAGAGGUGCAACCCAGCAUAGAAUCUAACACAAAAUUUAGUGACGUCAAGGGUGUUGAUGAGGCAAAAGCUGAGCUUGAAGAAAUUGUUCACUAUCUUCGAGACCCUAAGUGCUUUACUCGUCUUGGUGGCAAGCUUCCAAAAGGUGUUUUGUUAGUUGGUCCACCUGGCACUGGCAAGACUAUGUUAGCAAGGGCUAUAGCUGGAGAAGCUGGAGUGCCUUUUUUCUCUUGCAGUGGCAGUGAGUUUGAAGAAAUGUUUGUGGGUGUUGGAGCCCGAAGGGUGAGAGAUCUCUUUGCUGCUGCAAAGAAGCGUUCACCAUGUAUUAUAUUCAUGGAUGAGAUAGAUGCCAUUGGAGGAAGCCGUAACCCAAAGGACCAACAGUACAUGAAGAUGACCUUGAAUCAGUUGCUUGUUGAACUGGAUGGCUUCAGACAAAAUGAAGGGAUCAUUGUGAUUGCUGCAACUAAUUUCCCAGAAUCAUUGGAUAAGGCGCUGGUGAGACCUGGUCGGUUUGAUCGUCACAUUGUUGUCCCAAAUCCAGAUGUCGAAGGGCGGAGGCAAAUUUUGGAAUCGCAUAUGUCAAAGGUCCUGAAGGCGGAUGACGUUGAGAUGAUGAUCAUCGCCAGAGGAACUCCUGGCUUCUCAGGUGCCGAUCUUGCAAACUUGGUCAACAUUGCAGCUCUAAAGGCUGCAAUGGAUGGUGCUAAAGCUGUGAGCAUGGCUGAUCUAGAAUAUGCGAAGGACAGGAUCAUGAUGGGAAGUGAGCGCAAAUCAGCCGUUAUAUCUGAUGAGUCACGAAAGCUGACAGCUUUUCAUGAAGGCGGCCAUGCUCUUGUGGCUAUUCAUACCGAUGGGGCUCUUCCAGUUCACAAAGCAACAAUUGUGCCACGUGGGGUGUCUCUUGGCAUGGUUGCCCAAUUGCCUGACAAAGAUGAGACGAGUAUAUCUCGCAAGCAAAUGCUUGCUCGGCUCGAUGUUUGCAUGGGGGGUCGAGUUGCAGAAGAGCUCAUUUUCGGUGAAAAUGAAGUUACUUCAGGUGCAUCGUCCGAUCUCCAACAAGCAACUAAUCUUGCAAGAGCUAUGGUUACGAAGUAUGGCAUGAGCAAACAAGUUGGAGUAGUUACUCACAAUUACGAUGACAAAGGGAAGAGCAUGAGCACUGAGACUAGACUUCUCAUUGAGAAGGAAGUGAAAGAGUUCUUGGAAAGGGCUUACAACAAUGCAAAGACAAUUCUCACCACCCAUAGCAAGGAGCUCCAUGCCCUUGCGAAUGCGUUGCUCGAGCACGAAACAUUGACGGGUAGUCAGAUCAAGACUCUGCUUGCUCAAGUCAACUCUCAGCAGCAGCAGCAACAACAACAGCAAAUGGUUGCACCACAUGGCACUUCACAAUCCAAUCUGUUCCCACCUUCGACAACUAACGCAGCAGCUUCAGCUGCUGCCGCAGCUGCAGCGGCGGCGGCGGCGGCUGCAACUGCAACUGCAACUGCGACAGCCAAGGCUCAAGGAAUUGCUCCGGUGGGAUCUUAGCAGCGAGCAAUGUUGAUGGUAAGACUCAUUGCCUAGUGGCUAUUUUCCAUUCCCAAUGUGCAUAUACUUAAUUUUACAUGAAGGCCCCUUGUCUUUGGGAAGAAUUGUAAUUUGACAACUGCCAUUGAAGUCUAAGGAAGCUGUGGAAGAUUGGUGGCGGUAAUGUGUCAAAAUGUAAGAGUUAUGUUUUAAGUCUUUGGGACAAUAUUUAUUGUCCAUUUUAAUUUUGUUUGGCAAUAGAGUUGACUGUAAUUUUCAAUUUAAUUCUGCUGACCUAACCUUUUUGUUCGCAUGGGAUGAAUUGUAAAGUUUCUAUUUAGUUUCUAUUAUCUUACCCUUCAAUGGCUUUUCACCGGGGGGGUCUGCAAACAAAAGGAAGUUGAAUGAAGUUCCACAAAUAUGGUUUGUUAUCA